CAGUCCCGCGUCGACGCCUCCCUCUGUUGUUGUCACUAGCUACUGACCGCACGGAAGAGACAGAAACAAGGCCUGGUUUUUGUUGUAAAAUUUCGUCUACCAGCAUCUCUGAUUCCGUCGAAGAGUAGUGAAACUCGUAGCACAGAGUCCUUUUUAGUUUGGGAAGUGAACUAGACGUAUCAAAAGAGGCACAAUCCGCCUGCAAAAGUCAGCCAUGGCGAUUAGUUUACGAUGGGUGCUGGGAACAUGCCUACUGCUAUCAGCCUUAGCGCUCGUGUCGUGCAAGCCCCCGCCGCGGCCCGUGCAAGUGAACAACCAGAUCUGGAUCAAGGGCUUCGGCCCAAUCCAGGGUACGGGGUGCCCCGGCUACACCAACGUCUCCGCCUUCUACGGCGUGCCGUACGCUCUGCCGCCCAUUGGCAAGCUGCGGUUCGCGGCGCCUGUGAUGUGGGACAAGCAGUACCCCUUCCCCUACAGACGCGCCGACACGCCCCCUCCCAAGUGCCCGCAGCCGCUCCGCGCGGUCACGGAUAAUAUCCGAGAGGACUGCCUGUACAUGAACAUCUUCACGCCGGCGAACGCGACGGCGAGCAGCACGGCGGUGCGCGUGCUGUUCCACGGCGGGUGGUUCUACAAGGGGUCGGCUUCCGACGACUUCGUCAACGGCUGCCAGUCGGUCGCCGAGACCAACACGACGCUCGUCGUCGUGCAGUACCGGCUCGGCGCACUCGGCUUCCUCGCGCACCCCUCCACCUUCUCCGAGGGCGAAACCACCGGCAACUGGGGGCUGCUGGACCAGCAGCUGGCGCUCAAGUGGAUUCAGAAGUACAUCGGCUUCUUCGGCGGCAACUCCUCCGUGCAGAUCAUGGGGCAGAACGCAGGCGCGGUGAGCGUGAUGCUGCACAUGGUGUCGCCGCUCUCCAAGGAUCUCUUCACCUCCGCCGUCGCCUCCAACGGCGCCGCCAUCCCGCUCUUCACGCAGAACAGGGCGUACGACUCGACGUACACACUGUCCGAGGCGCUCAACUGCCCCAUCAACCCCGAGCAGCAGCUCGCGUGCCUGCGACAGGUGCGGUGGCAGGACAUCGUGGCGAAGACGCCGGUGGUGAAGGACAUCUACCGGCAGCAGAAGCGCAUCUUCUACCCCUGCAUCGACGGCAAGGUCAUCCCGCAGCAGCCGCUCGACAUGCUGUCCAACGGCCAGCUCAACCCCGCGCCGCUGAUGAUGGUUACCAACAAGGACGAGGGGCGGCUGUACGUGCUCGAGUCGUUCGGCAAGUGGUGGCAGCUCAACGAGACGAGCAUCAAGACGUUCCUCGCCAACGUGUACACGGGCGUCGACCCCGCGCAGAUCAUCCAGCACUACUGGAUCAAACUCUACGACAGCGUGUUGGAGCAGUACGCGGACAUGUGGACGGACAUCUACAUCAACUGCCCCACCUACAAGACCCUGCUUGCGCUCUCGGCGUACCAGUUCCCGCCCUUCGACGAGUGCUCGUACCCGUCGCCGUUCUACAUGGGGUACGGCGCACCGUGCAAGCUGCCGCUGCACCACUACUACUUCGCCGUGCGCAGCCCGUGCCCCGCGGCGUCCAAGUUCCUGGGCGCUACCAGCAAGCGCGACCUGCCCUACUUCUUCAACCUCGACUCCGCGCAGACCGGCUGCUCCUUCGACGUGAACGAGACAGCGCUGGCGUACGACACGACGUACGCGAUGGGCACGAUGGCGAACGUGGGCAAGCCCAUGUUCGCCAACAACACGCCGUGGGUGUACUGGACGCCGGACGGGCAGACGGCCAUGGUGGCGGACCGCAGCAUGGGGUACCUGGGCUACAAGACCAUCGACUUCGCCUCCAAGUGCGCCGUCUACGACAACCUCGUGCGCCCGCCGCCCGCCAGCCCCAAGAUCCCGCGCUUGUCUCCUGGGUUUGGCCCGGUCAUUCCUGGGUAUCCUCUAGGGAUUGCUGGGUCGCUGCCAUCGCCGCCGCCACCGCCGCCCGUGCAAUCGGCUAAGAAGAGUGCAGCGGGGUUGAGAGGGGCUGGUGUGGGGUCGGUUGUGGUUGGAAUGGUGGUGGCUGUAGUGAUGAUGUUGAUAGGGUGCUGGUAGGAGUGCGGGCAGAGGAAGCUUGGUUGAUAGAGAGCCAAAUUUCUCAACGUGAUUAAAGCAUGUAGAGGGGUAAGAUGACGCUGAUAAGUGCAGAGGAAUGCUUCUUGCCAGGCAGCUUGGCUUGUUUGGCCACUUGUAGAUUCACUUUUGCAAGCUGUUUCUGUAUUGUUAGGUUGUGAAUGGUGAGGUUGCUUGAACAACCUGGUGAGCCUGAUAAAGUGGUUUGAUAAGCAGUGCAGAUGGAGUGCAGAUGGAGUUCUGGAGCGCAGAUGGAGUUCUGGAGCGCAGAUGGAGUUCUGGAGCGCAUGAUGCAGCCAUCUGCAGCAAUGAUUUCAGUUCUUCUGGAGGGCAUAACCGCUGCGUUCUGUGCUCUCACCCGUUCCACUGCCGCCUGUUCCACUGCCGCCCCUUCACACUGCCGCCCCUUCCACUGCCGCCCAUUCCACUGCCGCCCAUUCCACUGCCGCCCAUUCCACUGCCGCCCAUUCCACUGCCGCCCAUUCCACUGCCGCCUCUUCCAUGCCUGCGUGCCACACCAGUGGCCAGUGGCCAUGCCUCCAUCCGCUCACUGCUUGCGCCUAACUUUCCGCCAGCCAGUGCCUGCUUCUGCUGCGCCAAGCUUCUGAACGAAUCAACUCGCCCCUCUUCUCAACGUGCCCCUCUUCUCAACGCGCCCCUCUUCUCAAUGCACCCCUCUUCUCAGCACUCGACACGCCUCGUGCUUGCAUUGCUUGCAUUGUCUCCCUCCAUCCUGCCCUCUUCACAUACUCGUCUCAACCCGACGGGUGGUCAUCGACUCCGCUCCGCCUGCAGCCGCUCUGCCUGCAGCCGCUCCGCCUGCAACUGCUCCCUCCCAACUGCACUCGUGAUACGACUCGUUCCUACCAUUACUGCCUCUUGCCUGCUUGCCUCCCGGCCUUCCUGUUCUCUCUCCACGCAGCAACUCCGUGCAUCUAGCCAAGCAACCACCGUGUCUGCAACCACCGUGCCUGCUACCUGCAAUUACCUAGAAGCCCUCUCCACAUGCCCUCAGUUGCACUCGCAACCAUCAGCCGAUCUGCGCACUGCUGCCCUGCGCACUGCGCACUGCUGCCCUGCGCAUUGCGCACUGCUGCCCUGCGCACUGCACACUGCUGCCCUGCGCACUGCGCACUCGCAACUCCAUCCUCGUGUUUUCCACCUCUGCCUUCUCCCUCUCACUCUCUCUC